AUGGCUUCUGAAACAACUAAAGCAUUAUGCGCUGGUGUUGAUUGCCAUAAUUUCGCGAAUAAAUUACAAUGUCCAAAAUGUUUGGUUAACAAUACAAGCUCCUUCUUUUGCGGACAGGAAUGCUUUAAAAACAGCUGGCCCAUCCACAAGCAACUACACCUUCCUCCUGGGACUGUUAAAAGAGAGGAUGGAACUUACGAUCCUUUCCCAAAAUUUAAGUAUAGCGGUUCUUUAAGAGCCAGUUAUCCUCUUUCUCAAAUUCGUAAGGUCCCGCCACACAUAAAAAAGCCUGAUUACGCGAAAUCUGGUUCCUCUCGUAGUGAACAAAUUGAAGGUCGUAGCUUUAAAAUCAAGCGUCUAUCUCCCGAAGAGCAAGAAGGCAUGCGAAAAGUAUGUCAAUUGGGUCGUGAGAUACUUGACAUUGCUGCUGCUGCUAUUCGUCCUGGUAUUACUACAGAUGAAAUUGACCGCAUCGUUCACGAAGCUAGUGUUGAACGUGAAUGUUAUCCUAGUCCUCUAAAUUAUUAUUCCUUCCCAAAAAGUGUUUGUACAUCGAUAAAUGAAAUCAUUUGUCAUGGUAUACCCGACCAAAGGCCUCUACAGGAUGGAGAUAUCAUAAACUUGGAUAUCAGUGCAUACCACAAUGGGUUCCACGCAGAUUUGAAUGAAACUUAUUAUGUCGGAGACAAGGCUAAGAGUAAUCCCGAACUUGUUAGCCUUGUUGAAAACACUCGUAUUGCUUUGGAUAAAGCAAUUGAGGCUGUUAAACCCGGUGUUAUGUUCCAAGAGUUCGGUAACAUAAUUGAAAAACAUACCAAGUCUGUUACCGACACUAACCUCUCAAUCGUUCGAACAUACUGUGGACACGGAGUAAAUCAACUUUUUCAUUCGGCCCCAACAAUCCCCCAUUAUGCUCGUAACAAAGCUCCAGGCAUUGCUCGUCCUGGAAUGACAUUUACCAUUGAGCCGAUGUUGACCUUAGGCCCUGCCAGAGACAUUAGUUGGCCUGAUGAUUGGACCUCGUCAACUGCUUCUGGUAAAUGCUCUGCUCAGUUCGAACACACUCUUCUUGUUACUGAGACAGGUUGUGAAGUUUUGACCGCUCGUUUACCAAAUUCACCUGGUGGACCCGUUAAGCAAAUUAAGUAA